CAGGCCCACACUUCAAGGCGACUCAAAGCAACCUACCACUCCUCGACUUCUAACCUCGAGGUCGGCUUUGCGCGUCUGGACGAUCCAUCGUCCUUGCCUGCCUGCCCUUUUCAUCCUACGUGGUAGUCGUGGACAGUGCUUGGCGAGCAUCACGACAUUGCAAGUGCCAACCAAUACCUUCCUACUUCACUCCUAGGCAUACCCCUUCCUCCCCCCCAUACGCGCCACACUGCAUCAUGGCGACCAAUCCCUUCCCCCUCGAGUUCAUGUACUCCCUCCCGGAGCCACCCAAGACACGUUCUCUGGGUGAUCACAUGGCAGAGCAUGUCACCGACAAUGGCAAAGCCACGACCCUUCUAGACUGCCUCUGCUCCACCACCGCUCCUGCCCUCUGGUCCCCCGAUCUCAACCGUCCACCAAUCGACCACCGCACCAUCAAAGAUUUCAUUGCCAACUUUGUCCUCCCCACAAAUGGACCACAACUCGGUCCCAACGAUCGAGUCAUGAUGGCUCUGCCCACAGGUCCGGAGAACGCCAUCGCCCUCCUAGCCGUAGCAGCAUACCACACCUGUGCCCCUGUCAACGCCGCUUGCACAGCAGGUGAAUUGCGUGACGAUGCCGUACGUCUACGAGCAAAGGCCGUCGUCACGACCAGGGAUGCAGCAGACCGACUGGACUGUGAGGCCCUGAGUCGCGAAGAGGGUAUGGAGAUCAUCUUUGUCGAGAACAGGGCAUCAGGGCCUGCCGGUCUCUUUGACAUGUCUCUGCUCGGUGCAUCCGGUCUCGCAUCCACACGCGGCAAGAGGCCAUCCAGGCUGCAUGGUCUCGAGCACCAGUCUCUCGUCCUACACACAUCAGGAACUUCAGGAAAGAAGAAGGUCGUGCCUUACUCGCUCAGGCAUAUGAUCGUUGGUACCAUCUGUGUGGCCAAGAGUUGGGAUCUCAGGCCAGAGAGUGUCAACAUGAACAUGAUGCCCCUCUUCCACGUCGGUGGUAUCGUGAGGAAUCUCUGGGCCCCCAUGUUCUCCGGAGGCUCCGCCAUCAUGUGCGCAGGUUUCGACGCGAACAUGUGGUGGAUUCUAGCAAAGCAGCUCGGCGCUACCUGGUACUACGCGGCCCCUACCAUGCACCACGCCAUCUUGGCUUCCAAGCCUGACAACAUGGACCCCGCCCGAGACUUGCGCGUUCGCAUGAUCUGUAACGCUGCCGGUGGUCUUCUGCCAUCGCUAGCAGUUCAGCUCAAGGAGACCUUUGGUGGAUGCGCAGUUCUGCCAUCGUACGGUAUGACAGAGUGCAUGCCCAUUGCUUCGCCCCCCACAAACUACCAGCUCGACCGUCCUGGAUGCUCAGGUGUUGCUUGCGGUCCCGAUCUCUCCAUCCGAGACCCCUUCAACCGCGAGCGAGAGCUGCCCGUGGGACAGACUGGUGCCGUCUCUGUUCGUGGACUGCCUACAUUCUCAGGCUACGAGACGUCGACAGAUCCGUUUGAGCCCCUCGACACCUCUGCCUUCUCAAGUGAAGGUUGGUUCGACUCUGGUGACAUGGGUCACAUGGAUGCCGAUGGCUACCUCUACAUCACCGGUCGAUCCAAGGAGAUUAUCAACAAGGGUGGUGAAGUCAUCUCUCCCUUUGAGGUCGAAGAGGCGAUCAUGCAGGCCGCCAAGGACCGUAUCAAGCAGACACUCGCCUUCUCCAUUGAGCACAAUGUGCUUCAGGAGACAAUCGGUGUCGUCAUUGUUCCUGUGCCCAACCAACCGCGGAUAGGUCUCGCUGAACUGCAGAAUUUGCUACGAGCCUUCCUGCAUCCCUCAAAAUGGCCAUUCGCAGCAGUUUACAUGGACGAUCUGCCCAAGAAUCAGGCAGGAAAGCCCCUGCGUAUCAAGCUCGGCACACGUCUGAAUAUCGGCCCGCUUUCCGAUGACAUUCCCCCUCUCCAACGUCACUACGAGGCUCGAGCCCCAGACAAGAGUGUACCCCUUUCCGAGCCUAUCCCGUGCAGCAUGGUCACCAUCGAUGUGCGAGCCGUUGAGCGUGCUUGUUACCGCAUUCCUGGUAUCGUGGAAGCUGCUGUGCGACAGCGACGUGAUGGUGCCCCUGAGGCUUUCAUCCAGGUGGAAGAGAACGUCGACUACGAUGCUUCGGACAUCGACCGAGCCCUCGCUCAGGUCUUACACGGCUACGUCGUCCCCAACCCACUCCACGUCUUCCGACAGCCUCUGGCUAAGAUCAACGGCAAGAUCGACUUUGAGACUAUGGAGGAGGAGGUCAGGGCGCAAAACGCCUCUGCCAUGUCCCGUACUGCAUUGGUCGUCCGUGAUAUCAUCGCUCGCCUGCUGGACACGGAGAGCGGUACAAUCACGGCCGAGUCUGACUUCUUCCUGCUGGGAGGCAACAGUCUGCUGCUCGGUCGACUUGUUCACCUGAUCCGAAAGGAGACUGGUGCCAAUGUUGAAGUCUCGAGUCUCUUCAACAAUUCGACCGUCGCAGGCAUUGCUGACCUCAUUGACGAGGAGACUGGAGGCGGAGACGAUGACGAAGAUGACAUGGAUGGCUACAUGGACGAGAAGACUGCAGGUCUUGCAUCGUACACCGGUGCUCAUCGCUACGACGAUGACGACGAGCCUGCUUUCGCCACCCACGGAUACAAGGGUCGCAGUCAGACCCACCCAUGGGUCAUGUUCAUUCAGCUCCUUCCCUUCCUGUUCUUCUACCCCCUCAAAGCUGCCUGGACAUGGACUGUCAUUCUGCACGGUCUAGCAUUUUCAGCAUACUACAUCGACGACGUCUUCUGGGAGCGAGUCGCUGUGCUGCUCGCUGCCGUCAUCGUUGCUCGUAUCACUUCGCGUAUCAUCUGCCCUCUUACCGCCAUUGCCUUCAAGUGGAUUGUCAUCGGCCGUUACCGACCUGGCAAGUAUCCAAUGUGGUGCAACUACCACUUGCGGUGGUGGAUCGUCAACCAGUCGCUCAAGGUUUCCGGUAAGGGUCUCUUCGGUCUAACACCUGGACUGCAGAAGACCUACUACCGCCUGCUUGGUAUGUCAAUUGGAUCUGAUGUCAUCAUUGACAAGUUCGUCAAGCUCGGCGAGUACGAUCUGAUCACCAUUCACGAUGGUGCACGGCUCGACAAGUCGCUGGUACGCGGAUUCUGUGUUGAGCGAGACGGCUACUUCAGGCUAGAGCCAAUCAUCAUCGGCCGAGACUGUGUGAUCAACACCUUUACUCAGAUCUCGCCAGGAGCUCGUCUCGCCGAUGGAACCGUUUGGGGUCCUCAGGCUUCUUCGCACGAAGACCCAGCCUCGGACGCGUACGCCGCUUACAACCGUAGCGCAGCACCUCAGCCCAACAAGGCACUCAUCUGGUUCGUCGGUACCCCCAUCCUGCUUCUGGUCAAGCUUGCCUGCUACGUCCCUUGGUUCGCCGCCCUCUUCAUGCUUCUGUCGCAGCCCUUCUCAUUCAGCCACCACGAUACCGUGAAAGGCGUCAUUGCUUGGUUCGCCUACCCUCGACGUAUCGCCUGGCACUACGUCGCGCGAGUUGUACGAACGACUAUGCCUCCUCUCAUCAACCUUUUGUUGGGUAUCAUCAUCAAGAGGGUCAUGGGUCUCAACAGGGAAGGCUCGAUGCGAAACGCCACCCAAUUUGCGCUUUUCCGUCGCUGGCUCAACGCGCAGCUCCUGUCGCAGCCCAAUCUCCGUCGUGCCAUGGCCAUUCUUGGUACCCACUACGAAAUGACCUCUGCCGUCUACCGUGCCAUGGGCGCCAAGGUGGGCAGGCGUGUCUACUGGCCAGGAUCCGGAAUCUACUGUCCUGAUCCGGAGCUGUUGGAGAUCGGAGACGACGUCGUCUUUGGAUCUCGUUCGGAAGUCUUCACCUCGGACAGCAUCGGAUGGUCUCGUGUGCGAGUCGGUCGAGGCGCCAUGAUUGCUGACCGAGUCGUGCUGUUGCCCGGUGUCACCAUCGGCAAGCAGUGUGUCAUGGGAUCUGGUGCUCUCGCUGUGCGCAACGGAUUCUACGAGGAGCAGACCGUCUGGAUGGGAGCCAAGAAUGGUGCUGCCGUCAGCUUUGGACGAGCAGCAGCAGACAAGGACAGUCUCGUUGGCGGUGCUGAUGAAACCAUCACACCUUUUGGUCGUGCCUUUUACAAGCGCAAGGCAGACUACUUUGUCAUUCCCUACAUCGUCGUUGUCAUCAUCAACAUUCUCAUGGCCAUCAUUGCUGCCUGCUACUGGGCUACAGCUGCCGUCGGUACCGUCUUGGCGCUCAACGCUGUGCGGGAAGCCUACGAGGACAGCGCACCGCUGCUGAUCAACGACCACUGGUUCCGCCCGGGCUUCGUCUACAUCUUCAUUGCCGUCUGCUUCAUUGGUAUCUUGGGCGUGCAAGGUAUCCUGGCAUUUGCAUGGGUCAUUGUCACCAAAUGGAUCAUCAUCGGCCGGAGGAAAGAAGGACGAUACGACUGGGACAAGAGCUCUUACUGUCAGCGAUGGCAGCUGCACCUCAGUCUGUCCAAGAUCCUGGGCAAGGGACACGGUGGUCACCUCAUUGGUGUCAUCAGUGGAACUGUCUAUGCCGUCUGGUACCUACGCGCCCUGGGAGCCACCAUCGGCAAGAAUGUGUCCGUAUGGGCAGGUGGCAAGCCUUCUCUACAAGUCACCGAGCCCGACCUCAUCACCAUUGGCGACAAUGUCUCCUUUGACGAUUGUUCGAUUGUAGCACACAUCAAUUCUCGAGGACGCUUCUCCCUCAACAAGCUAAAGCUGGGAGACGGAUGCGCAAUGAGGAGUGGAAGUCGUCUGCUAUCGGGAGCAUCGAUGGAGCCUCGGUCUAUGCUUCUGGAACACACCCUUGUGGCUUCGGGAGAGAUUGCAGAAGCGGGAGCAGUCUAUGCUGGAUGGCCAGCUAGGCAAUUGCGGACAAGGAGGAAGGCCUAAGGGGGGGCAAGAGAGCGCCAUCUCUUGCAUCCGAGCUCAGUGACCCUAGACCCGCUAUGCACCUUCACACUCACACCCACUACAUAUCCAACACUUUACAAUGUUCUGUUCUCUCAUAUCCUCACUUGGACUUUUCCUUUUGUCGCGGCCGCAUCGCGUCGCAUCCCGUCGUGGCACGUUCCCCCUGUCUCUCUUUUCUUUUUUUCAAUCGUCGAUGUCGAUUUUCCUCUCUAGUCUCGUCUCCUCGUGUCUGUCUCCUCUCGUCUCUAGUCUAGUCUAGUCCAGUCUAGUCCCAUCAACUCAACUCAUCUCAACAGCAGAACACCCAGAAAUUUGCCCCCCUUGCCCCUCUUCCCCUCUU